AUGGGGCGUGACACCGGAAAAGAUACUUGUAGUCCACCGCCACCACACGGCUCGUUUGUUGCUCGGAGCAAGAUGGCCUCGAGCCGAGGUUACGAUCAAUACUCUCCAACUUCCCAAUUCGAUCCUCGUCAAGGAUUUCCCAAACGAGAGGUUGGAGCUGGCAAAACGGCAGAACGGCAAAGUGGCGCUCCCCAAGGGGCUCGAUUGGCCUCCCAGUACUCCAUUACAUUCCGCAAUAGCCAGAAAGUGGCCGCCCGAGGAAAAAUUUCGUCUUCAUCUCAAACAAUCAAGAAGAUUCGCGUCCAUAGAGAUUCCAACGAGGUCUUCGGUACCGACCAGACAUGGGUUGAAACGCCUCCCGUUUUGUCUUUCAUUGAUGAGACCGCCCAUGUCGAUGCUGAAUAUCGACAUCAACAAUUGCGUAACCGGAGUGAGGCAAGCGACCCUCCAACACCUGAAGACCUUGCCGCUGCACAGCCCGACCGCACCACAGACAGUCCUGCACCCGCAGUGAUCGAAGAAGAAACCGAAGAAUUAGGCCCGCAAGACUUGGAAUGCAACCAGCCGGUCGCAACUCCAACAUAUCUGCCGGAGCUGUCCUUUCUGAUCCCGGCCGGACCGUCUGUAUCGAAAUUGCAUGAAGGAAGCAACCAUCUUGUGCAUGGCGCGGACGACGCCGACUUUGCUGCGCUCGGCCUAGUCACAUCUAAUCCUUCAUAUUCGAUUCCCCUGAUCUCACCCGUCGCUUCACAUUCCAGCCUCGUGGCAGGCACUGUCCGUAAACCAAGCAUUCACAGUCUGUCGCCCGAGCAUCCCAGGCUCCAGCUAUACGGUCCCCGGAUGCGACUGCCAUUCCAAGAUGCCCAAGAAGCGAUGAUAUUUCAGCACUAUAUGGAAUCACUGGCUGGUCAGCUCGACAUCACGGACAUGCAACGCCACUUCGCGGUUGAUGUACCCGAGCGUGCCUUGUUCUGUCCUGUGCUGCUCGAGGCACUGCUGGCCUUUUCCGCACGACACCUCAGCCGGACUUCCAACUUCGAUUCUGCGGUUGCCGAUCACCACCAUCAGGCUUGCGUGCGCCUCAUGAUUCCCAUGCUGGACCAGAAAGAAUUGGUUGCCGACGAGACUCUUUUCGCGGCCACGGUGAUCCUUAGAGCCUUUGAGGAAACUAGCGAGUCUAGAAUGGGCUGUGAACCGGAACGCCAUCUGACGGGGACGUCGGUCUUUGCAAAUGCUCAGCUCGAGUUCCAAACUUGGGGAGGCCUCGGCCACAACGCUUUUUGGAUCUAUCUCAAAGUUGAUCUGGAGGGUUGGGAAGAGCGAUUGAGUUUCGACUUGGGCUUUGACGAGACAAAUGAUUGUACCUGGGCGCAACGUAUGAUAUGGAUCGUGGCGGAAGUUGUCAGCCGGUGUUUUGGCAAUAACGUCGUUGAUUGGGACUAUUUGAAGGCCAAAAUCGACAAGUGGGAUUCGAGACGGCCCAAGAGUUUUGAUCCAAUAUUGUAUCGACCGCGAGACUUUGAAGCUGGGAGGUAUUAUCCUGAAAUACGUCUCGGUCAUCCCUGGCAUGUCACCGGUAUGCAAUACUACUAUAUCGCUCGACUCUUUCUGGCGAUCUAUAAUCCCAACACUCCCAAGGUUGGGUUGGGAUAUCAGCGGCUGCGUCGCAACAUGGAUGAAGAAGUCCUCAAAAAUGCGGAAGCCGUCAUCGGAAUAUCGCUUGCCACUCCGCUGGCUGCAGCCAGAAUUACGGCGUGUACUGCGAUUGUUGCGUGUGGGCCGUGGUUUCAUGAUCGACCCAUCGAGCAACAGGAAUUGCUGUUGCAGCUGCUGAAGAAAGCCGAGCUCGAGAAUGCGCUACCCACGGCGAGUCUUGCCCAAGGCCUCAAGGAUGAGUGGAAUUGGAAGUGA